AUGCCUCCUUCUUCGUCCAAGGAGAAGCGACUCGCCAAGAAGGCCGCCGAGGGCAAGCUCAAGGGCAAGGCUGGCAAGGCCAAGAAGAACGAGGAGGUCCAGCUCGACGCGAAUGGCAACCCUAUUGUUGACGAGGACGCCUUUGCCACCACUGGCGCCAAGAUCGAUGAGGUCAACCGUCUUGCCCAGCAGAUGGACGAGCACGGCAUCUCUGACCGUGUCACCACCGGUGUGCUCGCCUCGACCCCCACCAGCAAGGACGUCAAGAUCACCAGCGCCAGUCUUGUGUUCCACGGCCGCGUACUCAUCACCGACUCCACCCUCGAACUGUCUUAUGGCAAACGAUAUGGACUCCUCGGCGAGAACGGUUGCGGAAAGAGUACUCUCCUCAAGGCAAUUGCCGCCCGCGAGUUCCCCAUCCCCGAACAUCUUGACAUCUACCUGUUGAACGAGGGUGCCCCUCCCUCUGAGCUUGGUGCCCUUGAGUGGGUCGUCAAGGAGGCCGAGACGGAACUGGAGCGUCUCGACAAGCUUGCUGAAGACCUGCUGGAGAAAGAGGGCCCCGAAAGCCCCCAUAUGGACAAGAUGGACCCCUCAACCUUCGCCACCCGUGCCUCUCUGAUUCUUACCGGUCUCGGAUUCAACAAGAAGACCCUCCACAAGAAGACCAAGGACAUGUCUGGUGGCUGGAGAAUGCGUGUCGCCCUGGGCAAGGCUCUCUUCGUCAAGCCAUCUCUGCUUCUGCUCGAUGACCCCACUGCUCACUUGGACCUCGAAGCUUGCGUGUGGCUUGAAGAGUACAUGAAGAAGUGGGACCGCACUCUCGUCCUUGUCUCUCACUCCAUGGACUUCCUCAACGGCGUGUGCAACACCAUGAUUGACAUGCGUGGUAAGUUGCUGACCUACUAUGGUGGUAACUACGAUUCGUACCACAAGACCCGAUCUGAGAACGAGACCAAUCAGGCAAAGGCCUACACCAAGCAGCAGGAAGAAAUUGCCCACAUCAAGAAGUUCAUUGCCAGUGCCGGUACUUACGCCAACUUGGUCAGACAGGCCAAGUCCCGACAGAAGAUUCUUGACAAGAUGGAGGCCGACGGUUUCAUCCAGCCCGUCACCCCCGACAAGGUCUUCACCUUCCGCUUCGCUGAUGUGGAGAAGCUCCCUCCCCCAGUCCUGUCUUUCGACAACGUCACAUUCUCCUACUCUGGUAAACCAGAGGACGACCUCUACCGCAACCUGGAACUUGGUUUCGACAUGGACUCCCGAACUGCCCUGGUCGGACCCAACGGUGUGGGCAAGUCCACCCUGCUGCGUCUCAUGACUGGCAAGCUGUCUCCUACUGGCGGUUCCGUCACCCGCCACACUCACUUGAAGCUCGGUCUCUACUCCCAGCACAGUGCUGAGCAGCUUGAUCUCACCAAGUCUGCUCUUGACUUCGUCCGUGACAAGUACAGCGAGAAGUCCCAGGACUACCAGUACUGGCGCCAGCAGCUUGGCCGCUACGGUCUGACUGGUGAUUCCCAGACUGCCCUGAUGGGCACACUGUCAGAAGGCCAGAAGAGCCGUAUCGUCUUCGCCCUGCUCGCCAUCGACGGACCCAACAUGCUUCUGCUUGACGAGCCUACCAACGGAUUGGAUAUUCCUACUAUCGACAGUUUGGCUGACGCCAUCAACGCCUUUAGCGGUGGUGUUGUUGUUGUGUCCCACGAUUUCAGAUUGCUCGACAAGAUUGCCAAGCAGAUUCUCGUGUGUGACAACAAGACCAUCCAGGAGUGGGAUGGCUCAAUCGGCGAGUACAAGAACUACCUGCGCAAGAAGAUGAUUUCUGCCGGCGCCGUCUGA